AUGACCAUCCACGUCGAGGGGCUUGUGGCUAUCGCGUUCUUCUACCUCCUCAUCCUCUUUGUGGGCAUUUGGGCGGCAUGGAAGAACAAACACUCCGGGGAGGCCGAAGGGACCGACCGCAGCGAAACCAUCAUGGUCGGAGGAAGAGAUAUUGGAUUAUUCGUCGGAGGAUUUACCAUGACUGCAACGUGGGUCGGAGGAGGAUACAUUAAUGGCACAGCUGAGUACGUUUAUCUGCCAGAUUAUGGCUUGGCUUGGGCACAAGCCCCCUUUGGAUAUGCCCUCAGUCUGGUUGUAGGAGGACUUUUUUUCGCCAAGCCCAUGCGCUCAAGAGGUUACGUAACCAUGUUGGACCCGUUCCAGCAGCUGUACGGCAAACGCAUGGGCGGCCUUCUCUUCAUACCCGCAUUAAUGGGGGAGAUCUUCUGGUCCGCCGCCAUCUUGUCGGCUCUUGGCGCCACGCUCAGCGUCAUCGUGGACAUCAACAUCAAAAUGUCGGUGGUUAUCUCGGCCCUCAUCGCCAUCUUUUACACGCUGGUCGGAGGACUUUACUCGGUGGCCUACACUGACGUCGUGCAGCUCUUCUGCAUCUUUCUCGGCCUGUGGAUCAGCGUGCCGUUCGCGUUGACCAACCCGGCCGUGUCAGACAUCACGGUGACCGCAGUGGAGUACGUGUACCAGUCGCCGUGGAGAGGCAGCAUCGACAAGAGUGACACCUGGGUCUGGAUCGACAAUUUCUGCCUCCUGAUGCUCGGAGGAAUCCCUUGGCAGGUUUAUUUCCAACGAGUGCUCUCCGCUUCUUCUGCGACCUACGCACAAGUGCUGUCCUUCAUCGCUGCGUUCGGAUGCCUGGUCAUGGCCGUUCCCUCCGUUCUUAUCGGAGCUAUCGGGGCCUCCACAGACUGGAACCAAACAACAUACGGCAGCAUUCCUCCCAAAGAGAAAGAAGAAGCCGAUAUGAUCCUCCCCAUCGUUCUGCAGCACCUCUGCCCGCCGUUUGUGUCUUUUUUCGGCCUGGGCGCCGUGUCGGCCGCCGUCAUGUCAUCCGCCGACUCGUCCAUCCUGUCAGCCAGCUCCAUGUUUGCCAGGAACAUCUACCAGCUGGCCUUCAGACAAUCGGCGUCCGAUCGAGAGAUCGUGUGGGUCAUGCGCAUCACCAUCUUUGUGUUCGGCGGUCUGGCCACGCUGAUGGCCUUGGUCACGGGGACGGUUUACGGACUGUGGUACCUCAGCUCGGACUUGGUUUACGUCAUCAUCUUCCCGCAGCUCCUCAGCGUGCUCUUCGUCAAAGGCACCAACACGUACGGCUCGGUGGCGGCGUACGCCUUUGGCAUGGUGCUGCGUAUCGGCGGGGGGGAACCUUACCUCCAACUGCCCCCUUUCAUUUAUUACCCCGGAUGGAGCGUGGAGCAACGCAAGCACCACAUCACCGGAGAAAUGGAGGACGUGGUCAUCCAAAAGUUUCCCUUCAAAACAGCGUCUAUGCUAGCGUCCUUCCUGGGCAACGUGGCCUUUUCCUACCUGGCCAAGUACCUGUUUGAGAGCGGCAAGCUGUCUCAUAAAUACGACUUUCUCGACGCCGUGGUGUCCAAGCACAGCGGCGAGAUUAUGGAUAAAACCACCCUGGUGACCCGCGGCAACAACAUCGGGCUGUCCGAGAUGGCGCCCGUCAAACCGCGGCUGAGCGUGACCUUGGCGGCCGCUUUCACCCGCCGCGACACACUGCCGACAGAUACCGUGGAGGAGGAAGAGGAGGAGUCCAGCCCCGACUACUCCCGCCACGAUGAAGAGUGACGAGAUCCAGACGUGUGUUUUUAGAAGACUGGGAAAAAACUGCUCCGGCUGUCCAUCAAACCGAAGAUGAUACGCAAAGAAGGACAAUGAGGUGCAACACCGGCUGGCACACCGCAGCAAUAUAUUCUCACAAAAUUACCGUAUUUUCCGCCCUAUAAGGCGCACCUAAAAACCUAAAAUGUUCUAAAAAAAAACCAACAGUGCGCUGAAGACUAUGAAUCAUGACUCAAAAGGACUAUGGAUCAUUAUUUUAUGAUUAUAAAGUAAUUUGUUCCGUCUGAAGUUGAAAUAAAAAAGAUAAAAUGGAGAAUGAUUUGAUUUGGUUUAAAAAUCUGACAUGAUGCAUUAAUGGUGCGCCUUAUAGUCCGGUGCGCCUUAUAUAAGGAUAAAGUUUUAAAAUGGGCCAUUCAUUGAAGGUGCGCCUUAUAGUCCGGUGCGCCUUAUAGGCCGGAAAAUACGGUAAUAACACUCUUUCAAUCUUAACUUUCACAAAUACAUCCGACAUUUGCGAGUCACUCACAGUGCCCGGAAAAACAGUCAAGCAUUUAAAGAGGGAACUGAAUGAUCACAUGACCCAAAACUGAUUUCGUUACCUCCGAUAUAAGAAGACAAACGAGAUCAUGACUCAAGAGGCAACUCAUCAGCACAGCUCAAUAGAACUUCUAGAAGCAAUAGUGGAAAUAGUCAUUGCGCUGGUUUUCUUUCAGAAGCCGAUCAAGAUCAAUGAGACUUUUAUUCUGCUGCCUUAAUGAAAAUGAUGUGUGCAUUUCCACACAGCUCACAGCAGUGAAGAAAAAAAUAUGAUUAUGAAUGUGAAAGCGAAUCAUCUCGUAUCAAAAAUGUAAUUUGCCGUUUGUGUAUUUAUUUGAUUGCAAGUGGAGUUGUCGCAGAAUAGCGUGUCAGUCACUUGUGAAUUUUGGAUCUGUAAUUUGUGUGUUGUCCAUGGCCAUGUACAGAUGAUUUUCUCUGUUUGUAUAAAUAUGGAGGAGGGGGAAGGUGUAGAAAUAACAAAUUGCUGUUCCGCAUUAAUCAUGUAAGAAGG